AGACUCUCUCUCUCUAUAUAUAUAUUUUGCCCCUCUCUCUCUCAACUAUCCAUUUGCUAUAUCACACUACAAGGUAUGGAAGACAAGUAGCCGUUGGCUCCAUCUCCACACCAGACUCUUUAUAUGCAUGGGCCUCCCCACUCUCUCUCAUGCCCAUUUGCUAUAUCACACUGCGAGACGAAGUAACCGUUUGCUCAAAUCACCAGACUCUCUGCCUCUCUCUCUAGAAUAUCUAUUUGCUAUUCACACUGCGAGAGAUGAUGAGGAAGACGAACUAGCCAUUGGCUCCAUCUUCAGUCUUGCAGAAGGUUUGCAUCUUCAGUUUUGCCGAAGAAAAAGGGAAACUCUUUUAGCAUGGAUGUCACUCACGGCCCACCUACUACGGAUGUUGAAAAUCCUCCGAUGCGUGCUACGGAGGUUGAUCCUACUAGGGAUCUUGAAAAUCCUCCAAAUCGUCCAUUACCCGUGGGACAAGAUGAAAAUCUUGAGAUAGAGCCUGACAUGCCUCCUCUGGAAACCAUUGUUCCUAUCAAACUUGAUGAGAAGACCAUUGUUCCUCUCAAAUUUAGAAAACGUGUGAAGUGGUUUGCCUUAGUUUUGUCAAAUAUUUCUCUAGCGGCAUGCUUUCUAAUA